CAUUAUUGCUUCAUGGGUUUGGAGGGGGAGACGCCGACGACGGCUGUUGUUUUUCGAUCCAUUUUUUCCAGGCCGAUAGCGGUCUCUGGCAUGCAAACUUCUUGUCUAGAAGAUCAUCGUCAUCGCCAUUAGAUUGCUCCUUUCCGUUACCAUUAGAGACGAGCUUGGCGGUUGUGCCGACCACGCCGGCUCCUAGUGCAGCACCAGCAACAGCGCCCGCCAACACUUCGACCGAAGUACCCARGAUUGCUAUCUCGGUCGCGGCAGCACCAACUGUUUCUAUUGCUCCAAGAACUGCAAACGGCAUGGCAACAGCCAUAGCUAGUCCCAUUGCUCCUGCAACAACGAGAGCUAAAAGUAUGAGUGUCAAGUUAUGCAUCCAUUCAAAAACAAAAAUGACGAAAUUUCAACAAGUAGGACAACAAGAAACGAUAAACCAACACCGCCAAAUACGAAAGAACAGCACAGCAACAGCACAGCAAUAAUGCAAUUAAAGAAGGUAGCGCAUGAAUAGAAUGAAUAUACAUUCAAGAAUACGUGUUAUGCGUUCCACAUGUCUCUGCGCAGAAGUUGCAGUGUUGGUGAUGGAAUUGAAGACCUACCUGCAAUCUUUCCACCACUUAUGGAGCGAGGUAGCCGUGGAUCCAUCCUCCAUGAGUGGCAAAGAUUCGUUUCUUCGUCUCCCGGGGUGGUGUGGAGCGAGCCAUCGACAUCGCUGACGGCCAAGAAUCGUAGGUGCUCCCUCGAGAGAAACAUGACGCCCCCAUUUGGUGAAAUCUUCUUCUCCCAAAGGGUCCAUGCUCCCUURGAAGUUGUAGUGUGGACGUCGCCCUUCGAAUUGCAGCCCAAAUACUUUUCAUGUGCUAUGGAAAAAAAAGUGACGUCGCCCUCUGGAGUCAAUUCUAUCUGCCACUCUUCCCACUUUUGUUUUUUUUUAGUUAGGAAUGGCCCGUUUUUGGAGCUGGAAAYGUGCAUGUCAGAAACUCCUCGCUUCGAAUAGAUUUGAUUGUAGUCGGUAGCACCCGAACUUUUUGGGAUGUCCUCUUCGACCUCUGGUUUCUCUUCUUCAUCCUUCGGGACCUCAUCUUCAACCUCCGGGACCUCUUCAGAAUCCUUUGAACUUUCGUCUACUCCUUUUUCAUUCUUUGUAGAGGCAAAUAACGAGGUCAAGUAAUAAAUGUGCGAAUGGGCAGCAUUUAGAUGCCAAAGGGCGUAGUCGUUAGGUUUGGUGGUCGUCCACAACUGCUCAUUCGCCUCACGCCCAACGCUCAGAUAGCGACGAGAGGCCACAUUUUGAAUGUAUAGACCUCUACCUCCUUCAGGUACCUCAAUUCGCCACCGUUCAGAAUAGCUUAGGUCACGAGAUGUGGAAUCUAUCGAUGUAACCUUACCAUCGGUAUCGGAGGUCAAAAAUCUCGUGUAAUGCGUCCAACUCGAAAUGUAGAGUUCGCCAUUGCCAACCUCGAUGAACCGAAAUACCUCCCAUCCAUGUGAGCCGCUGUUCAAUGAAAUCGUCCCCCCCGUGUUACAUCUCAGUUGGCAAUGAACAACGGGAUUGGAGAUAAAGCAAAGUUCACCCGAAGUGAAUUUAAUGGUCCAGACAGAGGGUUCUGAUUUGUUGCUGGCAAUCAAUUGAAUUCCAUCGUCACUUGCUCCGAAUUUGUCGGCAGUGUAGGUCAGACGACGAGAGGGAUAUUUUUUUGACGUUAAGAUGUAUUGUCCCUCUGUCGAUUCGUCAAACGAUCCGGACGUUGAUGACAAUCCUGUUGCGGUUUCAGGCGAUUCCAUUUCGUGAACGGGCUCCAGCCACCAGUAGGUUGAAGGUGAGGAACUUUCGGCACAAUUGACCCGUCCGGUUUCGUCGCAGCUUAAGUACUGGCCACUUUCGCUGUGUCGAAGCUGCAAUGAGUGCCGAUGUUUCCCGCUGCCUUUUCCAUCGCUACCACCUCGACUAGGAUCGAGAUGGAGGUACCACUCUUGCUUCGGUGACCGUCGCUUACUAAAGGCAACAGUAUGGG